UGAUUAGCUAAAAAUCAAUCAUUAAUUCUAGUUCUCUUUUUGAGCCAUUCUCUAGCGGAACGAUACUCACUUACUCUAUACUAUAUCGUUACAAGCCAAUUAAAACAUCAUUUCCAUUCACAUUUUUACACCAUUUCACACUACACAUUUUGGCAUGUCACGAUUUUGGCGCCGUUGCCGGGGAAUGGCAUAGUUUUAUUGAUUGAUUAUUAGUUAAUAUUAGUGUUUGUUUUUAUUUAUUUGGAGACUAAGUGUUUUUAUUUCCUGUUAUCAUCACUUGUUUUUAGUUUCCAAUUGUAAAAAAAAAAACAAAAAAAAAAAAAAAAUAGUGUAUGCAUACUCGCUCUCAAGGGAGUGAAGGAUUGCAACCACUUAACCUUGAUUUUGAAAAAGAAUUAAGGAAAAGAAGAAAGGCCCAAAUCCUUGAACUUAAAAUUCCAAAUCAGAUCAUGGAGGACCUUCACAACAAUCCCAAUAAUCCAAAUAGCCAAAACCAAAUUUCAAAUCCAAAUCCUACGCCACCACAAAAUACCCCUAUAAAUACACCCAUUGAUACUCCUAGAGAUAGACAUAAUCCUUUCUUUGGAGAUCAAAGACCCCCUGGAUUUGAAAAUUUCCAACAAAUUCCUCCUCAAACACAACCCAACCCUUAUCCACCACACCCCUACCAAAACUACCAAAAUCACCAAAACCAACCUCCACCAUAUCCAUACACAUACCCUUAUCCUUACCCACCUCCUCCUUUUAUACACCCAUACCAACCUCACCCAUAUGGCCAAUACUACCAACACCCACAUAAUCAACAAGGUCAAGGCCAAUUCAUGAGACAACAACAAAAUGGCAGAAGACUUCUUGAUUAUGUUGCAGGUGAAAUUGAGGAACAAGAUAGCAUUCUCUAUCCAGGCGUGGAUGCAGUAAAUUUUGAGAUCAAACCAGCACUUAUCUCGUUGGUCUCAGCAAAUAAAUUUGGCGGAUCAAAGAAUGAAGAUCCAACGAGCCAUGUGAAGCAAUUCUUGAGAGUUCUCCAAACUCUUAAACUAAACGGAGCCUCUGUUGAUGCUAUCAGGCUCAGAUUGUUCCCAUUCUCACUGAGGGAUGAGGCAUUGAGUUGGUUGAACUCUAAACCAUCCGGUUAUUUCAACACAUGGGAGAAGUUGCAUAGAGAUUUCAUGAAGGAGUUCUAUCCUCCUUCUAAGGCAUCAAAAAUGAAGAAACUGAUCCAACAAUUCAGACAACAACCAUCAGAAUCUCUUUAUGAAUCAUGGAAGAGAUUUAAAGAUCUUCAAGUUCAAUAUCCACAUCAUAAUAUGAGCAUGGGUGAUCUCAUUGUCUCAUUUUAUGAGGGAUUACAUGAUAAUUCCAAAAUUGUUGUGGAUGCCUCUGCUAAUGGAGCUUUCAUGGAGCUUGAUCCCGAAACUGGAAAAGAGAUGCUUGAGAAAAUUUGCAACAACAGUUCAUCAUGGUAUUCUGAAAGAUCAACUCAAAAGCUAGGAGCAGGGAUUUAUGAGGUUGACCAAACAACAGCUUUAACAGCAAAGGUUGAUUCUCUCACAAACAUGAUCCAAAAGCUCACUGAGAAGCAAUCAUCAUCAACUUCUAGCAAAUCAACAAAUCCAUCAUCAUCUUUAGCUCAAGUUUUGUUCUGUGAACUCUGUGGAGGAGGGCAUUCUGCAAAGGAAUGCAAUCUUCUAGAACUUACACAAAACGUUCCUUCUGGCCCCACAGUAGAACAAGCCGAUGCUAUAUAUGGUAGACCUCAAGUACCAUAUCAAGGAAACUAUAAUCCUCAAGGGAAGACACAUCCAGGAUUUUCAUGGAGUAAUUCAUCAGGUGCAGCAAAUCCAUCUUUUCCAUCCAAACCAACACCUCCUGGAUUUCAAAAUCAGCAAGGAUUCAGAGGAAACCAAAACAACCAACAAUUGAGGGGAAAUCAAGGGUACCAAAAUCCUCAAGGUUAUCCACCGCAACAACAAUUGCCACCACCACAACAACAACAAUUCGUUGGAGUUAAUGAUUUCCAACAGAUGAUGCAAGGAAUUACUAAUCAAUUCUCUCAACUCACAACUCAACUCAAUCAAAUUCAAGCUCACAACAAAAUGUUAGAGAGCCAAAUUGCUAGUUUUGCUUCACCAUCAACUAGCAAAGCUCAAGGAAAGUUGCCUGCCUACUCUGAACAUCCCAAGGAGAAUGUCAAUGCAGUCACUACAAGGAGUGGAAAACAACUUUCUGAUCCACCACUUAUAGUUGAGAAAGAAAAGAUUCCUGAAAAGGAGGCUUCACCAUCAAAGGAAAAUAAUGAAGAAGAUCUUACUUCUUCUGCAAAUGAAGGUUUAAAAAAGGUAGUGCAACCAUAUGCUCCACCUUUACCAUUUCCUCACUGAGCAAAGAAGAAUACAAUUGAUGAGAGGAGGGAUAAAUUCCUUAAAUGGAUCGGUGAGUUGAACACAACAAUCCCGCUUCUUGAUGCUCUAAAACAUAUGCCUUCAUAUUCCAAAUUUCUGAAGGAAAUUCUGUCAAACAAAAAGAAGUUCGAGGAGAAAGCUACAAUAGCCAUGAGCGAGGGAUCCAGUGCUAUCAUUCAGAAGAAACUUCCUGAAAAAUUGAAGGAUCCAGGUAGCUUUACUAUACCAUGCAUAAUUGGAGGGUUCAUGGUCAACAAAGCUUUAUGCGACCUUGGGGCUAGUGUUAGCCUUAUCCCCUAUUCUAUGAGCAAGCGCCUUAGUCUUGGUAUUCCCAAGGCUACUUCAAUGACCAUUCAGCUUGCUGACCGAUCUGUUAAGCACCCUGUUGGUGUUCUUGAAGACAUUCCUGUACAGGUUGGGAAAUAUUUCAUCCCUUGUGACUUUGUCGUCCUAGACAUGGAUGAAGAUGAGCGAGUACCUGUCAUAUUGGGAAGACCUUUCUUGGCCACUGCCGGUGCCAUCAUUGAUGUUAAAAAAGGUACGUUAAUAAUUGAAGUGGGGGAUGAAAGGGUUGAAUUCAAUAUUUUCCAAAUGGCGAGAAAUCCUGCAUGUAUGGAAGAUUGUUGGAGGGUUGAUAUAGUUGAUGAAUGUGUGAGAGACUUCAUGGGAUUCUUUCACAAUGAUCCUAUGGAAGUUUAUGAUGUGGAGGAAAUUGAAAAUAAUCAUGAGGGAGAAGAGUUAGUUGAGUGUGUAAAAAACAAAGAGAGUUGUAAAAAGAAUCACGAGGGGAAGGAAGUGGUAAAACUGGUGAAAGAAGAAGUGAGGGAGGCUAACAACACAAAAGAACCACCCAAAAAUGAGUUGAAGCCUUUACCAUCACACCUAAGAUAUGCUUAUCUUGGUGAAAACUCCACUUACCCAGUGAUUAUUAGCACUAAGUUGAACGAGGAAGAAGUAGACAAACUAUUGACCCUGCUGAGAAAACACAAACGGAUCAUUGGAUACUCCAUUGAUGAUCUAAUUGGCAUCAGUGCUAACUAUUGUAUGCACAGAAUAUAUCUUGAGGAAGGUUGCAAACCAGUAGUUGAACAUCAAAGGAGGCUCAACCCUAACAUGAAGGAUGUUGUGAAGAAAGAAGUUAUCAAACUUCUUGAUGCCGGAAUCAUUUACCCUAUCUCGGACAGCAGAUGGGUAAGUCCAAUCCAUGUUGUACCAAAGAAAGGAGGUUUCACAGUUGUUCCAAAUGAGCACAAUGAGCUCAUUCCUACUCGUUUGGUCACGGGAUGGAGAAUGUGCAUCGAUUACAGGAGGCUGAACAAAGUCACAAAUAAGGAUCAUUAUCCUUUACCUUUCAUUGAUCAGUUGCUUGAAAGGAUGGCAAACCAUAGCCAUUAUUGCUUUCUAGAUGGAUUUUCAGGAUAUUUUCAAAUCAUGAUCCAUCCAGAUGAUCAAGAAAAGACUACCUUCACGUGUGCCUAUGGUACAUUUGCUUUUCGAAGAAUGUCAUUUGGCCUAUGUAAUGCACCCGGAACUUUCCAACGGUGUAUGAUGGCCAUAUUCUCUGAUCUUAUUGAAGAAAUCAUGGAGGUAUUCAUGGAUGAUUUCUCUGUUUAUGGGACCUCAUUUGGUUCGUGCUUGGAUAAUCUUGAUAAAGCACUGACUCGUUGCCAAGAGGCAAAUCUUGUUCUAAACUGGGAGAAGUGCCAUUUCAUGGUAACAGAGGGAAUUGUUCUUGGGCAUAAGAUUUCAUCCAAAGGCAUUGAGGUAGAUCCAGCAAAGAUCGAAGUGAUUGAGAAGUUACCACCACCAACAUCUGUUAAAGGCAUCCGAAGUUUUCUAGGGCACGCCGGAUUCUAUCGGCGAUUCAUCAAGGAUUUUGCUAAUAUUGCAAAACCACUCACAAGACUCCUGUCCAAAGAGGUUGAGUUUAUCUUUGACGAUGCUUGUCUUAAUUCCUUUUGCAAAAUUAAGAAAGCAUUAUGUUCUGCACCUGUCAUUCAACCACCAGAUUGGAGCAUGCCUUUCAUCCUAAUGUGCGAUGCUAGUGACUAUGCUGUAGGAGCCAUGUUGGGACAGAAACAAGGUCGGUGCAUACAUGCAAUUUAUUAUGCAAGCCAUACUCUCGAUGAUGCCCAACAAAACUAUGCCACAACAGAAAAAGAACUACUCGCUGUUGUCUUUGCAAUAGAGAAGUUCAGGUCAUAUCUUGUUGGAAGCAAAGUGAUAGUCUACACUGAUCACUCGGCUCUAAAGUACCUGUUUGCGAAGAAGGAGGCCAAGCCACGACUUAUUAGAUGGGUGUUGCUACUACAGGAGUUUGAUAUUGAGAUCCUUGACAAAAAAGGGUCUGAAAAUGUCAUUGCUGAUCACCUGUCCAGAAUUGAGCCACACACAGAAAAUGAAGCGACUAAAGUGUUACCCAUUGAUGAUUCAUUCACGGGAGAAUAUUUACUCUCAAUCAAGCACUUUUCUCCUUGGUAUGCUGAUUGGGUUAAUUACCUUGUCAGUGGUUAUAUUCCUUCUGAAUUCUCAUGGGCCCAAAAGAAAAAGUUCUUACAUGAUGCUCGCUCCUAUUUUUGGGAUGAACCACUAUUGUUCAAGAGAUGUGCUGAUGGAAUUGUUCGAAGAUGCAUCCCAGAAGAUGAAUUUGAGGCUAUCCUUUAUCAUUGUCAUUCAUCACCAUAUGGUGGUCAUUUCGGAUCCACUAGGACUUCAGCUAAAGUCCUGCAGUCAGGUUUCUAUUGGCCUACAUUGUUCAAAGAUUCUCAAAUGUAUGUGAAAAGAUGUGAUCGAUGCCAACGCACGGGAUCAAUUGGUCGUCGAAAUGAAAUGCCACAAUCUGGAAUACUUGAAGUUGAACUCUUCGAUGUAUGGGGAAUGGACUUUAUGGGCCCAUUUCCUAGCUCAUGUGGCAAUUCUUACAUUCUUGUGGCGGUGGACUAUGUCUCGAAAUGGAUUGAAGCGAUUGCUAGUCCAACCAAUGAUUCCAAGGUUGUGAUCCGGUUUGUAAAGAAAUUUAUUUUCUCAAGGUUUGGAGUUCCCAGGGCCUUCAUCACAGAUAAUGGUACACACUUUUGCAAUAAACAACUUGAGAAACUUUUGCUCAAGUAUGGUGUUAAUCACAAAGUGUCUACUCCGUACCAUGCACAAACUAGUGGCCAAGUUGAACUCUCAAAUAGGGAAAUUAAAUCAGUCCUUGAGAAAGUUGUCAAUCCCACAAGGAAAGAUUGGUCCCUCCGAUUAGAUGAUGCUUUAUGGGCUUAUCGUACUGCAUAUAAGACUCCCAUUGGGACAUCGCCGUUCAAAUUGGUGUAUGGGAAGUCUUGUCACUUACCAGUGGAGAUUGAACACAAAGCAUUUUGGGCUAUCCAAAGCCUAAACCUUGACUACACUCUGGCAGGGAAAAAGAGGCUACUACAAUUGAAUGAACUUGAAGAAUUCAGACUUGAUGCCUUUGAGAAUGCCCGACUUUACAAGGAAAGAGCAAAGAAAUGGCAUGACGGAAGAAUCCUUAGGAGAGACUUUUCUCCUGGGGAUAGUGUGCUACUAUUCAACUCAAGGCUGAAACUCUUUCCAGGAAAGCUGAAAUCAAAAUGGUCUGGACCUUUCAAAGUUAUCAAAGCCUUUCCAUCUGGGGCAAUCAUUCUGGAGGCCAAUGAUGGGAGGCAAUUCACUGUUAAUGGCCAAAGAGUUAAGCAAUACCAUGAAGGAGAUGACACAAAGGAGAAACUCACUGUUCAUCUGGAUGAUCCUCCUUACGAGUAAACCACCCAGGUAAUGUCGGGCACUCGACGUUAAAAAUAGCGCUUCUUGGGAGGCAACCCAAGCUUAUUUACUUGCAUUUGAAUGUGUGUUUUGCUUGUGUGUUUGCAUUGAAUAAUUUUAUUUUCCCACCCAUUUACUCACCCGCCCUGUAUAUAUUUGUCACAUCGAGGACGAUGUUUCGUCUUAAGUGUGGGGGGAGAAUAUGCAUGUUUGUGUGUUUGUGAACUGCCUUAUCAAUUUGUAUAACUUUCAAAUCAUGCAUUCUAUUCUUUCACAAGGUACGUGGAUUGUUGGCGGGACUUGUCUCUUAAUAAUUGGAUUGAGAAUCAUAAUUUUUGAGCGUUGAGUAAAAUUUUGGUCAAAAUUUUAAACUUUUUACAAACACAAAACCUCUCAUGCACAUAAAUGGUUAUCUAGUGAAUUGUUGUUCAAUAUGUUUAAAAUUGUGCAAAACAAGAGUGCUAUGUGCUUUUAUUUUCCUUGACAUGAUUUUCUGACUUAGCACAUUAGGAAAUGAUAUAGGCCAUUUUUCAUAAACCCAUAUACCUAGCCUUACCCAUGUGAUUAAUAUCCCUUGUUCACCCCCUUUGAGCCAUUUUUUUUUAAUAAGCGUUAUACGCUUAACCCUGUUUUUUUUUAUUUUCUUUCAUAAAAACCUGUUAUAUGUGACCCUUAGCCUAAAAGCCAAACACUUUCCAACCACCCUAAAAUGGCUUGCAUAAAUUUUAAUGAGUUUAGAGAGUGUCAUUCACAUUUAGGGAGCUUUAAUAAUUACAUUUUUGUGAUUACUUAGUUGUUAAUAUUCAUUUAUAGGGGUAGUUGUUCUUGUUGUAUCAUCAUUGUACAUAUUGUUCUUGUAAAUUCUUAUGGUUAGAAGCACUAAAAAGCCUUGAGCAAAAACAAAAAAAUCAAAAACAAAAAAAAAACAGCAAAAAAAGAAAAAGAAAAAAGAAAAUGAAAAAAAAAAAAAUCUAAACAAGGCUAAAUAUCCAUGUAUAUGCUUCUCUCUUUUGUAUAUUUUUCUUGUACAUUAAUUUACUCUUUUUACUAGUUACUACCCCUAACUGUUAAAAAUAACAAGUGUUGUAUAGAUUAUUGUCAAAAGCUCCUACUCACAACUUAGUACCUCUCUAAAUUUGUUAAAUUUAUGUCAAGUUCAUUUCUUUUGUUUCCUCAUUAAUUCCCUUUGUUCAUAAGCCUUAUCCCACAGACCCCAUUAUAACCCUAUGUGAAAGUCCUAAUUGAUCCUAAUUAUGUUUUGUCUGAAAUAAGUUGAUAGGAAAAUCUUAUUUUGCAUAAUUUUGCAUGAUUGAACAAAUGAAGCUAGAUUCCAUCUUCACACCACACACUUUGUGUUUGUUAGAGUUGAGAUUUGACCAAAACGUUUCAAAUGAUAUGCAAAAUAUUUUUAUGAUUCUCACUACUCUAAUUUUGUGACAAGUCAAGGGAAUUUGAUUGACCAGGUGGAGUGAAGGUAAAGUGUGCAUGAUUUGAGGAUUACACAUAUGAUUUGGCAAUUCAUUUUUGCUUGCUUGCUUGCUUGUGUGAAAUGCAUAUAAAUAUUUUUGCUUGAGGACAAGCAAAAUCUUAAGUAUGGGGGAGUUGAUGUACUCCUAAUUUACCAUAUUUAUGAUCUUGUUUUGUCACACUUUUAAUACUUUAUUUCUCAUUUUUAAAUAAAAAGGAAUGCUCUUUAUCAUUUUGGACAUUUUAAGGUAUUGCACUUGUUUUGGUAUAUUUUUGAGUUUCAGGAUAAUUCGGGACGAAUAUUAAUUUCUGAAAAGAAAUAAAUAUUACUCCCGAAUGAAGACGGAAAAAUCAUCAAAGUGAAGUGGGUUCUUACUUUAACUCCGGAAUAUUUUAUCAAGAGUCCCGAAAUACAUUUUAGAAUAAGUCAGACUGUCCGCAAUAAAACGUACCGGUUAAUUGCUGACCAGUUAACUGAUCAAACAAUUAACCGGUCAAAUAAUGCAAGUGGCGGAUACAAGCCAAAACUUUGGCUGACAGGUACUAUUCACUCCUUAUUAUGAGUGAAACUCCAUACGUAGGAAGCUCCCAAGAAUGAAAAGAAAUAAAUACAUUGCAUUAUGAGAGGGACCCAUUCAAUAGUGAUGACUUUAGUUUCUUCCACACAAUUGAAGCUCUACACACGUAUCAUCUUCACCAUUCAGCAACAAACCAAAAGAAGCUCAAUCAAAGUUCAUGACAGGCGCCGCAGAAGAAGAAAAAUGAGUCCAGAGCACUAUUCUUCAAUAGGAACUCAAUUCCAUCACCAUCUUCAUCAUAUGACUUUUGUGCUCCAAGCUAUUCUGAAGUUGCCUAUAUAAAGAGCCAUUUGGGAGCUGCGAAAACACACCAAUUCAGAGAGGAAUCAUCCUCUUCUUUCUUUAGCUUUGUUCAUAGUAGUAGCAAUAAAAUAAAAGUGAUUCUGCCAAGAACACUUUCUGUAUAGAUUUCAGUUUGUAAUUCUCAGUUCCAAAAUAUUAGCUUGUGAUAUUUGGUAUUAAAGUUCAUUUGCAAUUAUCAGUUCGUUCGAUCAGUUCCAGAUUAAUACAAGGACUUCAGCUUUUCUGUUCCAGUUCAUCUAUGUUCUUCAUUAUUUAUGCCUUCAGGGCCACCCAGAGAUACUUCAACAAGGCCGUGAAAUUCCGCGAAAUAGAGGCCGGGGACCUCGUACUCAGGAAAAGAGAGAAGAGCAAGCCGCUCGAAGGCGGCAAAAUGGCGAAGAACUGGGAAGGACCUUACCGGGUCAUCAGAAGAUAUAACCAGGGGACGUUCCUCCUCCACACCCUGGAGGGGAACCAUGCCGGGAUGUGGAACGUAGAACGCUUGAAGAAGUUCUAUCAAUAGUUAGGGGCUGUUGCCCUUGUAUCAUUCCCACUACCAUGUAAAAUGGCCGGACGUCGUCAAUAAUAAGGCCCC